CGCUGCAUUGGGGUUGAUAAGGAGCCACGCGUCCCUAAUAGCAAUGAGAUUCCUUGCAGCUCCUCGGGGCUGCCGAUCAACGCCGUUCGGCAAGGUGUGUGCAGCGGGAGGGGCGCGAACCUGAGCCUGGGGGCUGACUUGAUUUCCCUCCUCUAAUUAACAGCGCUAAACCUAGUGGACGAGGAGCGGUCCGUACAGAGCCUCGUGAGUCACAGCCACUAAAGUGACUAUUGCCACGCCUGAGGGUGGGAGUCCCCUUAAUUCUGUGCAUCCUUCGCACCCCUAUCCUACCCGCCAUAGGCGGGCUCCCUCCCCCCGGCACGUGGAAACUUGCGACCCGCGGAAAUGCCAUUCCACAGUCAUUAAAGGUCGAGGUGGAAGAAGCCCCCGGCCACGUGCGGUGCCAGGCUGCCAGCCUCUUCUCCAAGGGGCAGCAAGGAGGGGGAAUAAGCGGAGCUUCCCCACUGCGGUGCCAGGCCUGGAGCCCGAAAAAUAAAAUGGAUCCCCGGCCGCCGCCGUCGCCGGGACUGCGGUGAAGCCCUCCGGGGCGCAGGACCGGCCCAGCCCUCCCCGCCUCCCGGCUGUCGGCCCCUGCAGCUCGGCCAAGGCUCCCCGCACAGCCAGCUCAGCCCGGCGCCUUCGACUGUCAGCCACCAACGGGCAGCGGCACCAACAUUAGCUCCCGGGCAAUCAGAGGCUCCUCCCCCAGUCUCGAGCCACAUAUUUAUUUAAUUUUUUGGGGGGGAGAGGAUUUCUUCAUAACUGACUUACAAACCUUGGCGAAGGGAAGAAGUUGCCACUCCACCGCGAAGCCAGGGUAGUGGGGUGGGUGGGGAAGAAGUCUGCCGACAAGGCGAGGCACAGCCCUGCGCUAACGCUCGACAGCUACCUCGGAUGUGCGUUGGAUUUUUCUCCCCCUCCCUUCCGCAGUUUUAUUCCAUUUCUGGCGGAAAACUGUACCGCUUGGCCCGGAGAAAUACCCAUUUGGAUGUCGCUGGUGCUGAGAAAAUCAGGAAUGUCGAUGGAUGAGGCGGAAGGGAGUCAGAAACGAUUUGGAGAACCUCCCCACCUUUGCUGAAAAUUGGUGCCGUUGGUUGUGGGGUUAGGGAUCUUUUUCCUUUUGAGGAAACGUUUGCAUCUAGAGCAGAGGUGACAUCGGCAUCCGGCGGGAGGACCCUUCUGGGCCGGAAGAUUUCUUUUGGAUGUAACGUGGAAAACUAGAAAUUAUUAUUUUUUUUGGAGGUAGGGGGUGGGGGAGGAGGAAGAGGGCGAGGCUGCCAUGAAUUCCGUGGCUGGAAAUAAAGAGAGGAUCGCGAUCACGACCAGAAGCCGAAAAUAUGGGGUGAAGGAAGCGGCCUCCCCGGUGGCGGCGGCGGUGGCGGCGGCCCCGGCCCCCUUCUCCCCGGAGAGCUGGUUCCGCCAGGCCUACGAGGAUUCCCGGGGCGGGGGGCGGCGGCCCACCCCCGACGGGGCCGGCUCGGCGCUCGGCUCGUCCGGGACCCCGUCGCCCGGCUCCGGCACCUCGUCCCCGACCUCCUUCCCCGGGUCGCCGGGCCCCGCGUCGCCGGGCAUCGGCACCAGCUCCCCGGGCUCGCUGGGCGGGUCCCCCGGCUUCGGCACCGGCUCCCCGGGCUCCGGCAGCGGCUCCGGCUCCGGCUCCGCUGACUUACAGGAUUUUGGUUAUUCUUAA